AUGAAGAGCCAACUCGCCUUUCUUCUAACGGCAUUGAGCACCGUGUCCGCCGGCCCUUGUAAAGCUGCCACCACGAGCACCAUCACUACAACUCCUCCACCUACCAUCGCGCCAUCCUGCACGUUCACAGGUACCCAGACGCAAUGGGCCACCAGCGGGUGUGAUCUCCCCUGCGACACGAGUAUUUUCUGCAUCUGGGAUGCUGCCGUCACCCAGUCCUGCGGUUGCUCCUCUGUACCAGUCGUGACGACGACCGUCACCCUUUGCCCGACGAGAACGCCAUGUCAGCAGUGUACCACUGGUUGGGGAAUUUUCACGUAUACGCAAUCUUGUGAGGCUACUGCGACCCCUUAA